AUGGUUUCGGUCUUUCCCUUGGCGCUACCCUACGCCUCGGUGGAUCCAUCUAUAGCAAGCCUUCUGCGAGUACAGAUUACGAACGUGGAAGAUACUGAAAGAUACCAAGCGCAGAUUUCCGAGAACAGUUGCGUCUCGAUAACCAAAUUCAACACUCAAUCCAAGAAAAGCCUAGCGGGUCCAUUGAGAUACGUUUCAAAUGAACUGCCUGAGUUUCCCUUACUUCUCUCGGUACCAGGUCAAUUUCAUAAAUCCAAAUUGCACCUUCGCUUUGCCAAGAGAGAUCUCCAUGAUGACCACUCCUUAGUGAUCUUAAAGACUUUGGGCGAGGAUACUAGCCACGAUCAGUUAAGGCAAUUCCUUAUGGGUAAUGACUUAGAGAGCAGGUCUCGAGAGGUAUCGAAAAUUGCGUUUUCAAAGUUUCAGCUGGACUCGUCUGACUACGAGAUAAUUGUGAACGAUUCGUAUGACCCUGCCAAAUUCUCAAAUGGGAAGCUCAAUUAUUUUCUUUGGGAACAGGAAAACACAGAAAAGGAGCCUUCGUUGCUUCUCACGUUCUCUUUUUGGGUGGACCCAAUUGAAGGGACUGAUGAGACUCGGGCUCCUCCGCAACCUCUGCGAGAGAAAGCCCUUCCCUAUCCACCGAAGGACCAGGAACCAACAUUUACCCUUUCAGACUUUAAGCAAGCCUUUGUGUUCAGUACAGAAGAUGGGCCGGAAUUCAGAGGAUGUCUCUCGGGUUAUGAAAAGAACCUCCCAAAACUACGAAAGGCUGUUCAUGCGUUGUGUGAGGAUGCAAGCUACAUGGAGUCAACAUUCAGGAAGAUCAUAAGUUCUAAGAGAAGUAUUAUUGACACCUUGGAUAUAUUGGUUGAUUCUCAAUUUAAUCCAUUGCUUCUUCGACUUGAUCUUCCAAAACUAUUCCACAAGAACUUCCUUACAUUUUUUGAUGUGAUUGAAAAGCGCAUGUCAUUCAUACUUAAAGAGGUGUUGAACUCCACUCUCCUUACCAAAAUGUUGACUUAUCUUUCGGACGUGACUCCUCACGAUGGCGCAGAAUCGUCACCUGCUAAGAAGACUUUCGAGAAGAAUUCGAAAGAGUAUUACGAAUGGCUCAACAAAUACCUCUCCAACGAGAAGGAUAGGCCCGAGCUGAAGCUACUUGCAAAGAGAAAGCUCUUCGAAUUGUCAAAGUUCGAUUAUUUGAACUCGCUUAAUCUCGCCUCAAACAAUCAGUACUUCAAUCAGUUUUUGGAAAAUUUACUCAAAUUUUCCAGUUCCAAGUUUAAGAGUCAGAAAUCUGACAUUAAGGACUUCAAAACUAAUCAAAAGCUUUUAAGUGAUGAUGCUAGUGUCUACCUCAAUACUAUGUCACGCUUUAACAGUGAGAAGCUACAAUAUCGUCAAACCAUUGAAGCAUGUGCAAACAAUGAGGAACUUUCCGAAGUGGUCAAGUUGAAUCCCUUGAAUCCUUCUAAAGAAGCGCUUGACUCUGAGAGUGCAAUUAAUCGAGUCAUGUCUUCUUCCAAAGUGGAUUUGGUAUUUGCCUCUGGCUCCGGUCAGAGACCAGCGCCUACGUUAACAUUCCAUCAAAGCACCCCUCAGAUUUUUACAGAUGAUCAAAAUUCUGAAAUCUCGGGUAUAUUGUACGCACUCGGAGGUAAGGGCAAACCAGGAUGGCAUAAGGAAUGGGUCGUUCUAAGAGAUGGACAGCUAAAGGAAUACUCAGAUUGGAGGAAAGGUAAAUCUCUCAUCAACAAACCCAUUGAUAUUGCUUUAGCAAGCGUGAAACCUAUCACGUAUGACAAGAGACAAUUCUGUUUUGAGAUCAUGACUUCGAAGGGCCAGAAGCACGUUUUCCAGGCCAUUAAUGACGAUGACAGGGACAAGUGGAUUAAAGCGUUGUACAAUGCCGGCCAAAUCACUCAGCGCCUUGUGGCCGCUGAAAAGAAACGCAAAUCGAAUAAACCAAAUCUUCACCUUGAGAAGCCAUCUUACGCUAAAGAUGACAUGGAUGAUGACAAACAUGGUUCCCCAGUUUCGAUUAUAUCAAGCAAAAUCGGUUCUCCAGAUGUAAGAGAGAUCGACUACCUUAGAGCGGUGCACACCAUCCCAGAUAGCAACAACAGCUACUGUGCCGAUUGUGGCUCUUCCCAAUAUGUUGAAUGGAUGUCACUCACAUUCUUGGUUACUCUUUGUGUGAAAUGCUCUUCCUGUCACCGCAGUUUGGGCUCGCAUGUUUCUAAGGUUAAGUCUUUGAAGCUUGAUAACUUCGAGAAUGAAAACAGAGUUCUCCUAAACUACAUCAACAACGCACAGGUCAACAGAUACUUACUGAACAACAAGUAUCAAAUAUCACCAGACAUUGACAACGAUCACCGCUUGUCAUUUAUCAAGGACAAAUACAUCAACCGUGCUUUCGUCGACAAGUCAUUGAACUGCGAUGAGUUACUUGUUAACGCUGUUAGGAAGAUUGACAUUGCCAAUGUUAUCAAGGCUCUCAAUUGUGGUGGAAACCCCAACCUACCUCUUCAAAUGGGCUCUCAAAGUGCUCAUGUCCAACCUAUCACAAUCAACAUUUUUGAAUACUCGUUGAGAAAGCUAGUUGAGGUUGAUGAGGAGGGAACCGUUCGGGAGUAUUUCGUCAUAUCAGAACUUCUCGUGCACCACGGUUGCAACAUCGAUAAAAUCCACGAGCUUCACGAUGCACUUAAUCACACAGACGAAGCAAUUGGGUACUGGAACGAGAAGAAACUACGCUUGAAGUAG